UUUUUUUUUUUUUUUUUUUUUUUUGUAAAUUUCACUCUCACACAUAUCUCGAUUUGUUGUAAAAUAAAACAUUUUUAUUUCCCCUCACUUUUUCUUCUUUUCCCUUUAUUAAUUUUUUCUUUAAUUUGGUAUGGCAGAUGCAGCUACACCUCAGGCUGGUGUGUUCUCAGGAUUAAACCCUGCACAUUUUAAUUCAUCCGAUCCGAUUGUCCUGUUUAUUAUACAAGUUGCAAUUAUCCUUGCCUUUUGUCGUAUCAUCGCUAUUCCCUUAGGUUACUUGCGUCAACCCAAGGUCAUUUCCGAAGUCAUUGCGGGUAUCAUUCUUGGUCCUACUGCUAUGGGAAGAAUCCCUGGCUUCAAACAAGCGAUUUUUCCAGCAGAAUCACUUCCAUUUUUAAACCUGAUUGCAACCUUGGGUUUAGUCUUCUUUUUAUUUCAAGUAGGACUUGAAGUCGACGUCCAAGUAAUCAAGAAAGAUUGGCGUAAAAGUGUCUCGAUCGCUGUUGCAGGUAUGGCCUUACCCUUUGGUUUAGGGGCGGCUGUCAGCGUAGGACUUUAUAAGCUUCAGAAUGAUUCGUCUAUCCCCUUUGGCAGUUUCUUGUUAUUCUUGGGUGUUGCCAUGUCCAUCACCGCUUUCCCUGUAUUAGCUCGUAUCUUGGCAGAGUUGAAAUUACUUCGUACCAAAGUUGGUGCUAUCACCAUGGCAAGUGGUUUAAUUAAUGAUUGUACUGCAUGGGUUUUAUUAGCAUUGGUCGUUGCAUUGUUAAAUUCAUCGGGUGGUAUUGUUGCAUUGUAUGUGUUUUUGACAGCCGUUGGAUUUACAAUUUUUGUCAUCUUUGGGGUGGGACCUUUAUAUCGUAAACUAUGCGUACGCACAAACUCAUUUGAAGAUGGUCCUUCACCUCUUCUGAUGACAGUUACACUGAUGAUUGUAUUACUAUGCGCUUUUGUCACGGAUAUCAUUGGUGUUCAUGCUAUUUUUGGCGGUUUCCUUGCUGGUGUCAUUAUCCCUCAUGAACACGAUUUGUCGAUUAAAAUUACCGAAAAAAUUGAAGAUAUGAUCAAUAUCAUCUUUUUACCUCUGUACUUUACUUUAUCUGGUUUGAAGACUCAGAUUGGAUUAUUAGAUACAGGUAUUGUCUGGGGUUAUGUCAUUUUGGUCAUUUUCUUGGCUUGUUUUGGCAAAAUCAUCGGAUGUACCGCCGCUGCUAAACUGUCGGGUAUGACCACCAGAGAAUCCUUAGCUGUUGGUUUCUUGAUGAAUUGUAAAGGUCUUGUAGAGCUCAUUGUAUUAAACUUGGGUCAUGAUGCCGGUGUAUUAAACGACCAAGUAUUUGUGAUCAUGGUGGUCAUGGCCCUUGUGACAACCUUCAUGACAACACCUGUUGUACUUUACGUCUAUCCAGAAUGGUAUCAAAAACAAACAGCGGUCGAUGAUUCUCCUACCCUUGAUAACCGAGUAGAUUUCGUAAGCCAGAUCGAUGAAAAGGGAUCCAUCAUAUCAUCCAUUGAACACAAACGUUAUUGUGUUGUUACCAUGUUAAAUCGCAUCGAAUCUGUGCCUUCCAUGAUGGCUUUAAUACAACUUUUCAAACGUGAUAGAGUCAACGUAUCAGCUGAGAUGCACGCGCUUCGAUUAUUGGAACUGACGGAGCGUACAUCUGUUGUCAUGAAAUACAAGGAUCUGAGAGAGUCAGAAAGACAAGAUCCUAUUUUAAACGUGUUCCGUACAUUCAGCAACUUGAUCAGCAUGAAGUCAUUACAAACACAUCUCGACUAUUGUCCAUCAACAGAGUAUAUCAAAACUGUGUCUGAUUAUGGAGCAAAAGUGAGUGCAGACUUGAUCUUGUUGCCUUGGAUUAACCGGUAUUUGAUCAACAAUGAAAAUUAUGCAUCUGCACUAGCGGAUGUCACUUCUACUGCAGAUGUAGAGUUUGUUAGUCAGGCAUUUUCCACCAUUCACCAUUGCACCACAGGUCUAUUUAUUGACAGAGGGUUUGGACAAGUUCACGAUGGUGAAGCGAUUUCACUCGUACAAAUCAUGGUCUUGUACCGUGAAGACUGUGAGGAUGAUAAAGCAGGGCUAUUGUUUGCUUUACAAUUACAAACCUAUAAAAAAGUCCAUCUCACAAUCAUCAGAAAAGGUUCAGAGACAGGUGCAUUGUUGUAUGCAACAGACGAAUCGAUUCAACAUUAUAUUGAAGACCAUAACAUCGAUACGUUAUUCACCACUCAUGCAGAUACGACCAGUCAUGUCAGUUGCCAAUUUGUUCCCGAUAUGAGUGGAUCUGGUAUCACGAAACAUCUCACAAGACCUCUGGAUAAGCAUGACUUGGUGAUUUUGGGAAGACGCUAUGACGGUACUUCCAUUGACGAAGAUCAAGAUUAUGAAAAUGCACUUGGUAAAAUGGGUUUUAGUGUCUUGAAGAACGAGUCCAACAAUACCAGUGUGCUUAUCAUUCAAUCUGCUUCCAGCAAGUAAUUUUUUUUUCCUUUUCUUUAUCUUUUAUAUAUUCCAUAUAUCUAUUCUACUUUAUUAAAUCUUAGUCACUAUUUGAAUGCUUUA